AUGCCAAUCCGUAACCCUUUCGCGAGACGUCCCGGCGUGCUCAACCUCGAGAUCAAGGAUGAGAAUGUCCGGCCCGGCGCAUUGAUUUCCCCGCAAGCUGGAUUUGAAAAGGUCGAUACAAUUGGAUCCAAGGCGUCUUCUUCUUUAAGCAUCCGGAGCACCAAGAGUCGGGACACCGGAGAUUACAAGAUGAGCGUGGUAAACGAUAGCGGAGUCUAUCUCCCGCCUUCGCCAACGGAAGACAAGGCUUUGUGGCCGAGACGUUCGGCUGCGUCUCGAACAUCCAUGGACACCCGUAGUAGCUUUGGCGAUAUUGAACACUUCUCUAUUUCUCGCGAAUCUUUCGAUUCUUACCGCCGGUCUUUUGAUAUUUCUGCUAGGUCGCCAGUCUUGGGCCACGAUCAACAGCGCCAAAGUCUUGAUUCCGCCCGAUUUCCUCGAUCACCGAGGAUCUCUGUCAGAAACCGUCCCUGGGAUCCGCCAACCGCCGAAGAGGGUUUCGAGGAUGUCGGACUAAACGAUGAUCAGAAGCAACCGAAGAAGAGGGGAUUCUUCGCCAAGUUUUCCGAGUCGCAAGAAUCUCCAGUGCAUACGCAAGGGCUAGGAAUGUCUCGGUUUAUCCCCGGGCGCAAAAGAGCGCAAAGCGGCCAAGGGUCAGAAUUGGGCAACAUUGAGCGACCCAAAUCCAGACAGUCGAUCGAAGAGCAAGAGAUGCAGUAA